GGCAGGUUGGCAAAGUGGUGCUGAACAUCAAUUAGACAUCAAGGAUGGCCGAGGAAGGCAUUUCUGCUGGAGGUGUUAUGGAUAUUAACACCGUUCUCCAAGAAGUGUUCAAGACCGCACUUAGACAUGGCGGCCUGGCUCGUGGCAUUCGCAAAGCUGCCAAGGCUAUUGACAAACGUCAAGCCCAUCUUUGUGUUGUGGCUUCCAACUGUGAACCAAUGUAUGUAAAGCUGGUCGGGACGCUUUGUGCUGAGCGCCAGAUCAAUCUUAUCAAGGUUGAUGACAGCAAAAGGCAUGGUGAAUGGGUUGGUUGCUGCAAAAUCGACAGGGAAGGAAAGCCCCCCAAAGUUGUCGGUCACAGUUGCGUUGUUGUCAAGGACUAUGGCAAGGAGUCUCAGGCCAAAGAUGCCAUUGAAGAAUAUUUCAAGAAACAAACACUUAAAUAA